UACACAAUACGUAUUUUUUUUUACGCAUUCGCUCAUGUAUCUACCCAAGUAAUCAAAACGCAAGCUGACGAGAGCGACGAAUUUCUAUUGUAGUCUUCUCUGAAGGCACUCGAUCGCGCAGCCGGCAGGCGAAGAGGUAACGGGGAUCAAGUUCGCCGACUCGUUAAGACAUAUUGCGCGUCGUGCAGUCUCUACAAUGGUGUACGAGGUUCUUUUUGUCGCUUUCACAUUUAUAGGAAUCAACACAAGCAGUUCGCUUAGCGGUAGUUAUCCCAAGUUGUCCAGUCCGUCCUGCAAGAAAUGCCCUGCAGGAUCUUUUACAGUCUGCUCUCUAAAUGAAGAGUCACGAUGUGUAAAGUGCGCGGAAGGAACGUACAACGAUAAGCCUUCUCGCCGAGGAACAUGCAAGCGCUGCACCAGAUGUGGUCACAAUGAAUACAAGUCCCAUCCCUGUAAUUCAACGUCGAAUACCGUUUGUGUAAAAUGCAGGGAAUGUCCUCCAGGCUUCGGUGUGUUCAGGCCUUGUGAAAAGACUAGAGACACUGAUUGUGUUAAGUGUCCAGUUCCCGAGAGCUUCCUCAGCAGUUAUGGUAAAGUUGAAUGCGGAAUUAAAGUUGAUUCUUUUCGCAACAAUAUCAGGGAGAAAGAAAAGCUCAAGGAUAGUUUCUUUGUUCUAAGAGAGGAGGUUAAUCCCUGGGAAAAUGGCAGGAAGAACCCCAAGUCUCAGCAUCGACUUGCAUUCGUCGAGAAACACGUCAACGCUAACAUCUUUGUAUCUGCGUUACCUUCUGUUAAUCCAACGCCUUCAAGUGUUUUCUUCUCUACGAAGCCCACUAGUGCUGUAGACCAAGGAACAAUUUUAGUUAGUUUUGCUUUUUAUAGCUCACCAUCGUCAUCACGGAGCGUCGAGAAAUCAAUUACUUUUCCCGCGGGAGAAAUCAUCGACCCUACACUCCGACCGGAUAUUCCUUCAAAACGUCGACCUCCAUCUCGCCCGACAGAAAAAUCCGUUUCCUCCUUUAAAACACCGACAAAUUUUGAAAUUCAAGGAGAUGAUGGGAGCUAUCCGAGUCGUACACCGCGAAACACCCGUCAAAACGGAACAGAUGCAACGACAACGCGUGUAGCAUCACCUGUUUCACCUUCUAAGAGCGUCAAAGCCAUGUACAUCAACCAUAGAAUGGAUGAAGAACUUAGCACAGAAUCCUAUCGACAUCGUACUAACAGGUGGAGUCUAGCAAAUGUCCUCCAGGCUUCGGUGUGUUCAGGCCUUGUGGAAAGACGAGAGACACUGGUUGUGUUAAGUGUCCAGUUUCUGAGAGCUUGCUCAGAAGUUAUGUUGAAUGCGGAAUUAAAGGUAAUCGCUGAAUUUCUAUCCAAUUUCUAUCAGCACACUUUGCUUCCCCUUCAAAAUAAUCUUGUGGUCGCAGAUGUUCAUCAUAUCUCUCAAUCUGAUGGAACUGACUCAAGGUCACCUGGAUACAUAACAGAAGCAGAGGCCACGUUCGACAGCUCUGGUGGACAACUUAUCGCACCGGACUCUGAUGUCGUUAUCACUGUAGGGAGUGGAGCAGUUCAAGAGGGUAUCAAGCGGCGUUUUUUCUUCCGCGUGCUCAAGGAUGACUCCACAUUGUUGCAGGAUAUCCCGGAUGUGCCCGAAGGAACGCUAAUUUCCCCCGUUAUCGAAUGUGGACCUCACGGCGUUACCUUGCUCAAGCCGGUGGAAAUCAGUGUUCCACACGAUCUGUGCUUGGACGAGGUCAGGAAGGAUUUGAUAAGGGUUUACAGAUGGGAGCCAUCUUCUAAAGGGCCGCCACAAUGGGAGAAAAUUCCCUCAGCAUCAGAAAAAAACUGCCAAUCCAAAGCAUGGUUUACAGUGAAAAAGAACUCCAUCCUCAUCAAGACUAAAAAAUUUUCCAUUUGGAGCGUGUUCGCCUGUGGCGGAACAAAGAGGAAGAGAGCGACUGUUUACUUCAGCAGACAUAACCCGAGAAGUGAUCACAUUUACCUGCGCUUCUACAUUUACAGUGAUAAUGAGGAUUCAAAGAAGCGAGUGAAAGCGCAGGAGAAAGAGUCUUUUCCUGGCUCGAGAUCAUCAAAGGAGAAACCGUUUAAGAUGUACGACAACGAAAAGGAUGUGAUCGUGAAGCUCACUGAUCUUGAAGACGGUUGGGAACUGGAUAAGACUCCCAGUCUACAGAAAUACAACUACGACACUGCGUAUCGCAAUGGAUUCCGUGCCAAAGAUGCCUGUGAUUUUGCAGUUAGACCGGCACGUCCAGGAGUGAAAGAAUUUUCCUGCAACCUUAAAUUUAAUCAAGAAGACAGCCCAACAGAGUAUUCAAUUUAUCUUUACCCGGGGUAUUCACCGCGACAGACUGGUCGAAAUAUUUUUGUCCAAAAUUCUGAGAGUGGCACUUUUUCCAACGGUCGUAAGGUUGCGGGCGCAGUUUCUAUCACGAUGCCACCAGAGGAAAACGAAAUCAAUGGAAGCCAAGAAACGAUAACUUCAAUGGAUUCCUCGGCCAAUCAAACAGAAUCUUUCAGCUACGAUAUAUCCUCGCUGGGCAGUGACAGACAACCAGUAACAGAAGACCAUUUCCACUGCAUACGCGAGGAAAUCGGUGCUAAAUGGAAGAAUGUCCUGCGAAAACUGGGUCUCAGGGAACCAGAAAUCGAAAAUAUUUGCGUGAAUCAUAAGGAAUAUGGGGUGGAGGAGAGUUUUUUCCAAGGUCUGCUGAAGUGGAAAAAACGUUUCGGUGAGGAAGCUACUACCGAAAAACUGUGUGACGUUCUUCGUGAGGCACGCUGCACGGAAGCUUUGAAAAAGUUUAGAGAAUUAAGUUGCAGAGUGUGACGCUGCUACUCCAAAUCAAGAGAGGGCGGCAAUUAUUUGAACCAGAUUACCACAAUUACAUGUUGGCUUGUUAGCUGUUUUAAACCGGUUCAGAUAAAUUCGAAUCUUGUCCUAUCGGAUCAUAAAAUUGUUUUCGCCAGGCCCGUGUUUUGUGCCCGGAUUUUUUAGAAAUAUUUUCGUAUAAGUUUCUUUCGUUUUCGGUUAGUUCUGCUAGAUUUCUUAUAUAUGGAAUUCACAUUUCUCCCUUUUCACCCUAACAUCAGUAUGCAUAUUCUCCAUACUGUUCUCUAUACAUUUCCUAAUGUGCUGGCAAAGAGAAUUUGUUCAACAAUCAAGAGGUUCUUUAGUUGAUUACCAUUUCCUUUAUUCUCAUGACCUUAAUGUUUGAUUCAUGGGUCACAUUGAAAGGAGAAAUUAGAUGCUGGUCACUCUCAGGGAUUAAAAGGGUUAACUGACAUCUCAACUGACACCCCUUAGGAACUUGUAGUCAGCUACUCGGUUAGAAAUUCGUACUUUGAUGUAGCUAGACUGUUCUUUACAAUUUGUAUUUUACUAAUAUUGUUUUCGUUAUUCUGGAACUGAAGUAUGACGGUAAGAAAUUUAGGGAGGAAAGUCGUUUCUGUAAGUGGUAAAUAAAUAAUAGUAAGUUACUUAGUAGGCAAGAAAAUGUCCCUUUUAGUUGGACAGGAACUUUUAAGAAUUCACUUCGUCGCUCAUGGAAUGAACUACCUCCUAACAUAAGGGACUCUAACACCUUGUCAGUCUUUCGCGAGAAAAUGUUCACUUAUUUUUAAGUUCAGUGCUAAUUUUUUAUCGUACUUAUCUCAUUUUUAUUAUGAGUUUAGAGUAAUUGGUCUUCGACACUCAUUUUCUUAACUUGGUAAAUAAUUAACUGUAACUUUCAUUAUGGCGGCUUAUAUUAUGGAAUCUUGUACUCUGAGUUAAGCUGUCCUUGAAAAGAUUGCCUCGUUCAUUGUAAUAAUUUGGAAUCUGUGUUAGAGAUUAGAGAUUAAAGAAAAGUUACACGCAGCCCAACACGAUUGGCUGCCAUAGGUUGAUGGACGUUUACUAAAAUUCCUUUAACACCUAGUAAUACUUU